AUGGGAUUGAAUAUAAGAUCUAAUGUAUCAUUUACUUCUUUAGGGACUGAAUUAUUGAAUAAGAGUUCUGAUGACCUAGAAAAAGAUUAUGAAGAAGUUACACUUAAACUAUUUCAUUUACUAGCUGAUCUUGAACUUUAUAGAAAAGAAUGGAGUUCUUAUUGUGAUAGUAAUCUAGAUUCUUAUGAAGAUGACGAUUUUUGUCCUACUCUAAAUAAAGUAAUUAAGAAGAUUAGUAAUAAAGUAUCUUCAUAUACACAUAUACAAAGUGUUAUAAGAAAUUGUUUAGCUAAAAGAUCUUUUGAAGAACUUGAUAAUGAUUAA